AAAUUCUCAAACGGGGAGCGGAAAAGAAAGGGGAACUGGGGAAGCCCGACCGCCGGCUGCAAAACACACGUCGACAGCCGACCGGGCGUUGAAUUGGUUCUCUGGUCUUUCGUUUUAUCUGAAGGGAGGUUCCGUCUUCUAUACAAAGCUCUCAUCGACGGCGGCCGUAAAACAGGUACAAUGCCAAAAAAUAGAGCAGCUUCUACUAAUAAGAAGCAGCAAAAGCGCGGUGUCGACUUCAAGAAAAUUAAAAGGAAGAUAGGGAGGAGGUUGCCUCCACCUAAGAAUACCACCAACACUGAAGUUAAAUCGAAAGCAAUUGUUCUUCCUGAGCAGAGCGUGGCAUCUGAUAAAGUGGGUUUGGCUGUCAGCAAGAAAGGUUUGACCUUGAAAGAGCUCCUUCAACAAACAUCCCAUCACAAUGCCAGAGUUCGUAAAGAUGCAUUAAUGGGAAUGAGAGAUUUGUUCCUUAAGUACCCGGAGGAACUGAGGUCACACAGAUAUGCUGUGAUAGAAAAGUUGCGUGAACGCAUCAGUGAUGAUGAUAAAAUGGUCCGAGAAAACCUCUACCUUCUACUCAAGUCAGUUGUAUUGCCUGCUUGCAAGGAGGAUAAUCAGGGACCCAUCAUAUCUAUGAUGAUGGUUUACAUUUUCAAUGCAAUGGCACAUUUGGCGAUUGAUGUCCGACUGAUGUCUUUCAAGUUCUUAGAUCUCAUUGUGCAGUAUUAUCCAGCCUCUUUUUUUAUGCAUGCUGAAAAGAUCCUACAAAACUAUGAAUAUAUUCUGAAGAGUAACCAGUUCUAUGUGCAAGACAAAGGCAAGCUCAGGAAUGUUCUUGCUGGGUUAGUAUGCUGCUUGUCACUGUUGCCAUCUGAUAAAAAAGAAGUUGAUACAUCUGAACAGGAUGCUCUUCGCGAAGAAGUUCUCCAUGCUUUUGAACCAGAUAAACCUACUGAAUCUGUUGAGUUCUCUAUCAUCAACAAAAUGCUAAAGGAACUUUUACCAGUAUUGCUCAAUUGCUUUCAAGACUUUACUCCAUCAAUUCAAGGCACAUCCCAGCUAGAUGCACAAUCAUUUGACUGCAUGCAUAGCAUCCUUCAGAGCAUAGGUCUUGCUGUCAGGUUCUUUAUUUAUGGGAUUCGCAAGGAUAAACUGGAAUCACAGCGCUUUGAUGGAAGGCAUGAAAUGUCUGUGUGGGAUAAUAGUAUCUCGUCAAUACUAUUGAAGCAGUUACUACGUUUGUUUCCACUCAAAUCAAUACGCGACCUCUCAGAGAAGGAUGGUGAUAGGUAUUUCAUCUUGAACACUUUGAUUACAGAGAUAUACCUCUGCACAAGCGAGUGGAUGACGCCUUCUGCUGACUUAUCCUUCAAGUUUCUUGCAUUUGUGGAAUAUGUCCUGAAGAUCAGUGAUGCCGAGUCUGGCAAAAGUGUUGGGGAAAAACAUCUUCUUCUGCUUAUUCCUUUUCUUCCGAAGCUUAUAUCAGCAGUGGCAGAGGACUGGAAGGAUCGCUUUCUUCAGGCAUUUACAAAUACAUUCCUGGAGUGCAGUGCAGAUUCUAAAAUAAAAUUGGCCUGCCUUGCAGUUAUUGAAGAAAUGCUAUUAUCUAAAGAAGAUCAGUGGUACUUCAAUAGUGGUUCAGGGAGUUUGGACUGUCAGAUUAGUUGGAUGAGAGAGCUUCCUCAAUUGUUAAUUCAGCUGGGCGAUAAGCACCCUACAUCUUCCCAGGCUGUGUUGCGUCUUAUACUUCGGUUGGGUCAGUAUUCAUCGGUGAAUGCUUUUCUUGCCUCGGAGUACGAUCGUAUGCAGAACUCGCUGAAAAAGUUCUACAGCAUACACUCAGAAGAAGGAAACACCUGUCUUGGACCUUUUGUAAGGCUGCCGAGAGAUUGUCAAGAACUCUCUGUUUAUUGUUUGUAUUAUUUCUCACACUUGGAGUUGGAUCUGCUUAGGUCCUUAGCUUCAUGUUGCCUAUGCCAUGAGUUGGAUGAAUUCAUGCUACGUCGAGUUAUCGAGGUUUUGCAUUCUUCUUAUUGUGCUGGGCAUAUUCAAAUAAGUGACCAUGUUAGCUUCCUCAUGACUUUGAUAUGCCGUUUUAAACCAUCUCCCGAAAGUAUUAGUUAUCCCACAAAGGAGACUGAUGCAAGUAUAUGUAAUCAUGGAACUUUUAAGUCCAUGACCAGUGAUAUAUCAGCAUGCCUGUCACGGAUAGGGGACAAGUCUCUUGUGUUCCUUAUUGUGGAGAGGGUGAUACUGGAGCAAAUGACAUUGAAGCCAUCUCUACACAAUGCAUGUGCUAUGCUCAGAGUGCUUGUCGUACUGGAUGCCAAACCUACAAAACUUUCCGAACAAAGUAUCCUGUGCAUCGGUGAUUAUCUGGCAGGAUAUCUGAUUGAUGUUGUGCAUAACAUUUUGGAAGAUAAUGAUGCCGCUGGAUUUGUUGAAGCAUCCAGUUAUUAUUUUGUGCCAUGUUUUUUCCUGUUUGAUAGCAGUCACAGGCUUUUCGAGCUAGUACUGAAGACUAUGGCAUCACUGAUACAUAAACUCAGCACAUCUGUGUUGUCCAAUGAAGAUGAUAGUGCUCUAAGGCUCUCGAGUGGGAUAGAGAGCAUUGUUGGUGUUCUCCUCCUAAUGCACAGAGAUGCUAAGAUUGGGAGACUUAUUUGUUCAUACAAGGAUGAUAUCGCCCUUAUUUCUCGAAGUAUACAGUCUCUACUGGAACCAGGGGCGGACUUCAAUUUGACUAUUGAAGGAAAGCACAGAGUGCAGAGAGCCUUUGGUCAACUUAAGACCAUUACACGACCGCUGUUUCAGGAGACACAAACAACAUAGGACGCUGCAUAUUCAUUGCUGUUAGAGAAAAGUUAAUAUUUCUAGAUCAGCUUCGACGAAGAUUCUGACAUGGAAAACCAUGGCUUCUGGCUGAUUUCAUGGAUCAUGCUGUUUUGAGGAGCUAAAGACGAUGGUUAUGAAUGUAACGAUGGGGCUUAAUGGUCGGCUCGCAUUUUACUUUCCGUGAGCCAUUUGAUCGGAUGGCCUUUUCACCAUUUGAGGCAAAUGGACCUGUCACAGAAAAUUGGCUCAAUGGUUGGGGAUUUCUAUUUUGUAAUAGUUAGUAGCUACUAAAUAUAGAUGUAUUUGAGCCACGCAUUCGAUCAGUAGUUUUAUUUAUUUGUGCUACUUAAUUUUUUUAUUGCACUAAUAAUUACGCAUUUUAUAUUUUCCAGAGCACUAAUGAUUAUCCUUCAUCCAAUUUUGUUAAAAAAAUCUGUGUAACAGCCAAGAGUGGUGCGAAUAUGGAGACGCUCACUAUUGUAUAACUAGUUUUAUGCCCGCCCGAUGGGCGGAGAGUUCA